AUGAACAGUAACCACCAGCAUAGCAAUGGUUCUAAGAGUGAAACAAAAGACAAUAAGAAGAAUGUACUGACAAUCAUAAAGCGAUACCCUCAAAUACUGAAUGUGCUGAAAGACCGAAUAACAAAACAAAUGUGCUCAGCGAAAUGUCCGGUGAAAGAACACCACAAUGAAGAUAUAGAUCGUAUUAAUUUAGGAGUACUUACACAGUUUCCCUCUAUAAUAGAUUUAUUCUCCCAAGGUGGAUCCAGUAAUAUGAAAUCAAACUGUUUCCCAUCUGAAAUGAAUGCUUUGCUUCUCUUAGUUGACUAUAGAGUACUUAGAAUCGAUCACUUUCAACAAAGGCUUCCCUUAUCAGCAAAAGUCAUUAAAAUGUUGCACUAG